GAAAGCAGCAGUAGCAUUAAAGGCACAAGCUUCCACACCCAUCUCUCUCUCCUCUUUCAUUACUAGUAGUACCUUUUCCCCAUUUUUCCAUUGCUGGGCAAGUUUGAAAAAACUGUUCUAAAAGCCCCAACUAGACUUUCCUCUCAAUUUCCAUUCUCCAUCAUUUUCACCCAUACCCAUGUACUGAAAUAGCACAUAUUGUCCCUUUUUAUUUGCAGAUUUAUUGUGCCAUUUGGGCUCUGAGGGUCUUGAUCAUUGUGGUAUGUAAAGGGGUGUGCUUGAAACUUGUAAAGAUCUGUGCUCUUUUGGGUUUGUUUUGUGGAGGUGUUCUUUGUGUUCUUGAAGUUCAAGAUUUCGGUUUUCUUUGGUGGUGCAACUAGCCUUUCUCUCUCAAUAUUCAGCAAUUUUCACCCAUAGCCAUGUACUAAUAUGGCACAUACUGUCCGUUUUAUUCUAUAACAGUUAUUUUGUUUUACUUUGGCUCUGAGGUUCUUGAUCAUUGUGUUGUGUAAAGGGGUGUGCUUGAAAGUUGUAAAGAUCUGAGCUUUUUCUGGUUUCUUGGUGAAGGUGCUUUUAGUGUUGUUGAAGUUGAGCUGAGAUCUGGAGAGUAUGAGGUUAUCAGCAAGUUUUGGCCUUGUGGGGUUUCAAGAUUGAGCUCAAAUGUGUGGUGUAUAAGCUCAGAAAUUUUUAUGAUAUCUCUAUUAAUAUAGUUUUAGGAUUGGAUAAAGUUGAAGUCUUUAAAUAGAAAGGGUACUUUAGCUGAUUUUAAGUAUUGCAUUGGGGGGAUUGUGAAGGUGAAGAGGAAGUGAUUAUGUUGUUUUUGGGGGAGAAAGAAGGGAAGGAAGAGUCUGUGAAGCACUUUCGGAUUGGGUUCUGGGGAAAUUUGUACUCAAUUGUUGGAUUUAGUAAUAGAUUGUGAUCUCAAUUGUGAGGAAAUUUUGGUUAAGGGGGUUGUUGCAUCUGCAGAUAUGAGGCUAUCUUCUGCAAGUUUCAAUAGGCAGUCACCUGAAGGUGAAAAAAGUUGUCUGAAUUCUGAACUUUGGCAUGCGUGUGCCGGACCUCUUGUUUCCCUUCCUGCUGUUGGAAGCCGUGUGGUAUAUUUUCCCCAGGGUCACAGCGAACAGGUUGUUGCAUCGACAAACAGAGAAGUGGAUGCUCAUAUCCCUAAUCAUCCAAACUUGCCACCGCAACUCAUCUGCCAGCUACACAAUAUAACUAUGCAUGCUGAUGCAGAGACUGACGAGGUUUAUGCUCAGAUGACUUUGCAACCACUAAAUGCAGAAGAGCAAAAGGAACCAUUUCUUCCCGCCGACUUGGCUGCCCACAGCAAACAGCCGACCAAUUAUUUUUGUAAAACAUUGACCGCCAGCGACACAAGUACUCAUGGUGGUUUUUCGGUCCCUCGUCGUGCAGCAGAAAAAGUGUUCCCCCCAUUGGAUUUCUCACAGCAGCCUCCUGCGCAAGAGUUGAUUGCAAGAGACCUACAUGAAAAUGAAUGGAAAUUCAGGCACAUAUUUCGUGGCCAACCUAAGAGACAUUUACUUACGACAGGUUGGAGUGUGUUUGUAAGUGCAAAAAGGCUUGUUGCUGGUGAUUCUGUCCUCUUUAUAUGGAAUGAAAAGAAUCAAUUAUUUCUAGGCAUUAGGCGAGCUAUCCGGCCACAAACUGUUAUGCCUUCUUCAGUAUUAUCAUGUGACAGUAUGCACUUGGGGCUUCUUGCUGCCGCAGCUCAUGCGGCUGCCACAAACAGCCGUUUCACCAUAUUUUAUAAUCCAAGGGCCUGCCCAUCAGAAUUUGUCAUACCUCUUGCCAAGUAUGUUAAAGCAGUAUAUCAUACUAGAGUUUCUGUUGGCAUGCGCUUUCGGAUGCUUUUUGAAACAGAAGAAUCAAGUGUCCGUCGCUAUAUGGGCACAAUUACUGGUAUAAGUGACUUGGAUCCUGUUCGGUGGCAGAACUCGCAUUGGCGUUCGGUAAAGGUUGGCUGGGAUGAGUCUACAGCUGGGGAAAGGCAGCCAAGAGUAUCGCUCUGGGAAAUCGAACCUUUAACUACAUUCCCAAUGUAUCCCUCCCCUUUUCCGCUCAGACUCAAGCGACCUUGGCCACCAGGAUUACCCUCAUUUAACGGGAUUAAGGAUGAGAGUUUAGGUAUGAAUUCUCCACUUAUGUGGCUUCGGGGAGAUAAUGGAGAGCAAGCAUUCCAGUCACUUAACUUUCAAGGGCUUGGAGUCUCACCUUGGAUGCAGCCAAGGGUUGAUGCUUCAAUGCUUGGCAUGCAAACUGCUGAUAUUUAUCAGGCUAUGGCUGCUGCUGCGCUUCAGGAGAUGAGGACUGUUGAUACUUCUAAGCAUUCAAAUCCAUCAGCUAUGCAGUUCCAGCAAACUCAAGGUAUUACUAAUAGGAUGUUGCAACAUAAUCAGAUGUUACAACAGUCGCAGCCCGAAGCUUCAUUUCUUUAUAGUGGAGGGGAAAAUCAGUCCCAAGCUCAAAGUCAGUCGCACCUUCAGCAACAGUUGCAGCACCAGAAUUCAUUUAGUAAUCAGCUUAAGAAACAGCAGCAACAGCAGCAGCAUCAACACCUACAAUCUGUAAGAUCUCAGCAACACCAUAUGGUUGAUGAUCAGAAAGUUUCAGGGGUGGGAUCUCUUGUAACUCAGUUCGCUUCUCAAGUUCAGUCACCAUCCUUGGAUAAAUUUACUUCCUUGCAACAGCAGAGUUUUUCAGACUCAAAUGGAAACCCUGUCACCAGUCCUGUUGCAUCUCCUCUACAUAAUUUUACUGGUUUGUUUCCUCAAGAUGAAGAUUCCCAACUUAAUUUUUCUAGGUCUGCUGCCCUAUUGACUUCUGCAGGAUGGCCACCAAAACGAGUAGCAGUUGAUCCUCUUCUGUCCUCCGGAGUGUCACAAAGUUUUUUACCCCAGUUGCAGCAGUUAGGAUCCCUCCAUACUAACAGCUCUCAGGAUGCUUUUCCGUUGCUACCGUAUAAUGGUAGGGAUUGCUCAAUUGACCAAGGCGGGGACAAUGAUUCUCAUAGACCUCUUCUCUUUGGGGCUAAUAUAGAUUCGACAUCUCUCCUUGUGCAAAAUGGGAUAUCAGGUCUUGGGGGAGUUGGUAGUGAUGGCAAUUCCACAUCUGUACCUUUUACUUCCUCCAAUUACAUGAGUAAUGCAGGCGUUGACUUUUCACUUAAUCCAUCAAUAACGGCUUCCAGUUGUAUUGAUGAAACAAACUUUCUGCAGUCUCAUGAGAAUUUGGUACAAAAAGAUACACCACCAACUUUUGUGAAGGUGUACAAGUCAGGGUCCUUCGGGCGGUCUCUAGACAUAGCCAAAUUCAGCAGUUACAUUGAACUGCGUAGUGAGCUUGCUCAUAUGUUUGGCCUUGAAGGCCAAUUGGAGGAUCCUAUAAGAUCAGGCUGGCAGCUUGUAUUCGUUGACCGGGAGAAUGAUGUUCUUCUCCUCGGCGAUGACCCCUGGCCGGAGUUUGUUAACAGUGUCUGGUGUAUCAAGAUACUCUCACCACAAGAAGUGCAGGAGAUGGGUAAACAAGGCCUAGAGCUUCUGAACUCGGUUCCAGUUCAAAGGCUCUCCAGCAAUAACUGUGACAACUAUCCGAGCCAACAUGAGUCAAGAAAUUUGAGCAAUGGAAUUGCAUCAGUUGGAUCUCUUGAUUACUGAAGAUAACGACCAGAGAAGUUACUAGUUUCCUAAUUUAGCAUUUCUUUGAAUAUAAUAGUUUGCUAGGAAGGAAUACCUGAUUCUAGCUUUAAAGCUGUCUACAAGAGCUGAUAAUGUAAUUAUGAAGUUUAUCUAUGUUUAUUAUGUCUCUAAGGAGACUAAUGUUGUGAUACACCAGUCCUGUUUAACAUUGGACUGGUCUAUCAAGCUAGCUAUAUGUUGGGUUUGUUCCUAUUGUUA